GCGUCGCUGCGGAGCCCCAGCCGCGCGGGCACUGGCCGUCGGGGUCCCGGGACGGCGGGCCCCCGCCGAGCGCCCAUGCCAUGGAGAAGCUGGCGGCCGGGCUGGCGGGGCUGCGCUGGAGCAUGGGCGCUUUCCCGCUCGACCUCAUCGUCAGCCGCUGCCGCCUGCCCACGCUCGCCUGCCUCGGGCCAGGAGAGUAUGCGGAGGGUGUCAGUGAGCGCGAUAUCCUGCUGAUCCACUCUUGCCGCCAGUGGACGACAGUGACAGCCCACACCCUGGAGGAGGGCCACUACGUCAUUGGGCCCAAGAUUGACAUCCCUCUGCAGUACCCAGGCAAAUUCAAGCUCCUGGAGCAGGCUCGGGAUGUGCGGGAGCCCGUGAGAUACUUCAGCAGCGUGGAGGAGGUGGCCAGUGUCUUUCCUGACCGAAUCUUUGUGAUGGAAGCCAUCACCUUCAGUGUCAAGGUGGUGUCGGGCGAGUUCAGCGAGGACAGCGAGGUGUACAACUUCACACUGCACGCGGGCGACGAGCUCACGCUCAUGGGCCAGGCCGAGAUUCUGUGCGCCAAGACCACCAAGGAGCGCUCGCGCUUCACCACGCUCCUGCGCAAGCUGGGCCGCGCGGGGGCCCUGGCGGGAAUGGGCGGCCCCGGGAGCGUGGGGACCGCGGCGGGCGGCAGCGGGGCCGCCAGGCCCGUCAAAGGCAAGAUGCCCUGCCUCAUCUGCAUGAACCACCGCACCAACGAGAGCCUGAGCCUGCCCUUCCAGUGCCAGGGCCGCUUCAGCACGCGCAGCCCGCUGGAGCUGCAGAUGCAGGAGGGCGAGCACACGGUGCGCGCCAUCAUCGAGCGCGUGCGGCUGCCGGUGAACGUGCUCGUGCCCAGCCGGCCGCCGCGCAACCCCUACGACCUGCACCCGGUGCGGGAGGGCCACUGCUACAAGCUGGUCAGCAUCAUCUCCAAGACGGUGGUGCUGGGGCUGGCGCUGCGCCGCGAGGGCCCGGCGCCGCUGCACUUCCUGCUGCUCACCGACACGCCGCGCUUCGCCCUGCCGCAGGGCCUGCUGGCCGGGGACCCGCGCGUCGAGCGCCUGGUGCGCGACAGCGCCUCCUACUGCCGCGAGCGCUUCGACCCCGACGAGUACUCCACCGCCGUGCGCGAGGAGUACGUGAGCCCGGACUGGGCGGGCGCGUCCGAGCCUGCGGCCCCGUGCGCCGAGAUCCCCUACGAGGAGCUGUGGCUGCACCAGGCCCCCGACGGCCUCCCCGACGCCCGCGCGCGGCCGCUCCCGGGGCCGGACCUCAUCUCCUUCGGGACCGUGGGGCCCCCACGUCAUGAGCCGGAGGCGCCGCCGCCUCCUGUGCCCCCCAAGUCCGAGGCGGUGAAGGAAGAGUGCCGCCUGCUUCACGCCCCUCCUGUGCCUCCGCGGGGUGGUGGCAGCUGCAGCAGGCUCGCAGGCAGCCCCCCAGUGCCGCCCCGCUUCCCCAAGCUGCAGCCUGUCCCCUCGCCCAGCUCCAGUCUCUCCUACUAUUCCUCUGGCCUGCAGGAUGGGGCAGGAUCCCGAAGUGGCAGCGGCUCCCCGUCACCGGAUGCUUACUCCCUCUAUUGCUACCCGUGCACCUGGGGAGACUGCAAAGCCGUGGAAUCCUCUCCCUGCCCACCCCCCGGACCCUUGCCUUCUACCACCACUCAGCCCAGCCAGGCCUCCAGAGCCCUAGGAGAGCCCCUGAGCGGUCGAACCACCUCCCUCCUGGGGACCGACACCCCAGUGGUUAAGAACUACCAUAGCUGCCCGCCUCUGUUCAAGCCCCCCCAGCCCCAGAAACGCUUUGCUCCCUUUGGUGCCCUUAACCCCUUCUCUGGGCCUGCCCACCCUUCAGGUGCUCCAGCGACCUUGUCCUCUGGGUCCACGUCCACCUCGGGUGCCCUGGCUACCUCCAGCCCUACUCGCUCCCCAAGCUCAGGCCCGCAGGGCCAGGGUUACUCAGCUGCUCUGUCCACUUCCUUGUCAUCCUCUGAGUGGCAGGAGCCAGCGCUGGAGCCCCUGGACCCAUUUGAGCUGGGGCAGGCCAGUCCUCCUGAGCCAGAGCUGCUGCGCUGUCAGGAGCCCAGAGCUGUCGGGGCACCUGGGUCUGGACCCUGCCUUUCACCGUUUGGUCCUCCUUUUGAGCCGGAAGGUUUGGUGCUGAGGCAGGUCCCUGCCUCAUUGUCACCAGCUGCCUUGCAGGGGCCUGAGGCAGGAGGAACCCUGCUCUUUCUCACCCAAGGGUGCCUGGAAGGGCCUCCUGGCAGUCCCCGGGAGGGAGCCACAGGUGCUGGUGUCCGGGAUGCCGCCUCCUGGCAGCCACCAGCAGACUUGUCUGCACUCUCCCUGGAAGAGGUGUCUCGUAGUCUGCGCUUCAUUGGGCUCUCGGAGGACGUGGUGAGCUUCUUUGCCCGAGAACGCAUUGACGGAAGCAUCUUCGUGCAGCUCAGUGAAGACAUCUUGGCCGAUGACUUCCGUCUCACCAAGCUUCAGGUCAAGAAGAUCAUGCAGUUCAUCAAAGGCUGGAGACCCAAGAUCUGAACUGUCCCGCCAGCUGCUCCCCAGCCUGAACUUGGGAGUGGAGGCCCUUGGGGUUAACGUGGGUCUGCCAGAAACACAGCACUCCCAGAUGCGGGUCCUUCCUGCAGGGAAAAUCUGGGCCAAGAUAGAGGCUGCUCUGUCGCACUGAGUGUUCCGGGAGACACUGGGAACUGUGGCCCCUUGGGGCCUGCCCUGCCCUGUCUUUGCCCUUGUGAAGAAUACUUGCCCUGGUGAGGCUUUUGUUCCCAUUCCCACAGCAGGGUAAAGGUGGUGCGUGCGUGCGUGCGUGUGCGUGCGUGCGUGUGUGUGUGUGUGUGUGUUUGUGUGUGUGUGGCUUUGUGCUGAUUGGGUGCCUUUCUCUAGCCCACUGCAGCCUUUCAUAGACACUGUACACUUCUCAGCCCUGUAUGUUCAGGUUAGACGCAAGGGAGGAUAGCUCAUAAUUUAAGCACAGUUUCCCCAAAGUGGCCUCUUCAUUCACACUCUGUGGGCUUUGGGCUGCAGCUGCUCCAGAGUGAGGGAGCAGAAGUGAGUCUGACAUCUGUGAGAUACCCCUUGCCCCGGUGAGCAAUGUCCAGCACCGAGUCCCUGUUGUGACAUCACAAACAGCCAUCCUGCCGUUUUUUUAUCCAUGGGGCAGCCUGAGGACCUGGUCCCUGGGGGAUAGUAGCUAGCUGUAAGUCAGCUGGUUUUUAAAACAAGUAGUGGUCAGCUGCCCCCACCUACCAGUCUCCUGCUGUCAGCCUUGGCUCUGCGGACCCUUGGUGUCUUUGUUGUGUGCGACACAGGUACAGGACAGUGUAGUUGGUAAAGGGAGGCAGGUGGCUCAGGAAGGCUCCUUGCUCCUGAGCUCAGCCCUGUGCUUAUAAACGUGGUUCGGAGCAGAUCUUUGUGGCCUUCAGCCUCAAGUAUGAUCUGUUGGACAGCCUGGCUAAUGUAAAGCCCCACCCCAAUCUUCCCCAGCACAGCUAACAGGAACCACACUCCUUGUGUCUUCUGGUAUCGGGGUCCCAGAGGUAGCAGUUUUCCUGUCUGCCUUCCCUGGCCUCCCUAGAUAUUUAUUUUUCAUGUUUCCCUUAUGAAUAGUUAAGCCCUGCACAGACCUGUGCCGGUCAGACGGGAACAUGGAAACUGAUGCCGUGCUGCUUUCUUCUCGGUUGUUUAAUGAGUCCUCAAGGACAAGGGGAAUAAAGGCUAGACCACAGUAGUGGAAGUGUA